CCUGCCGGAAGCCACGCAGGGCCACGUCUGCGGGUUCCGAGAGCUCCACUCUGGUUUCAGGCGUCGUCUUGAGCUUGUUGUUCCGUGCCGUGGGAGUGACGGGGAGUCUUCUGGCAGAAAAGUCUCUGAAUGUAGGUGUGGAAUCUUCAUUCCAGUUGAGAGUGGACCGUUUUAAGUUGGCUGUGGGUCCAGGAAUAGCCUUGGAACCAAAAUGGGACAUGAGUUGAAGACAAUCUAAUCUCUGCCCUGAAUCUGUUCUAGAGUGGACAAUACAUGGAUUUAGAUGCUGUUACAAAACACUCAGCAUUACAUGCAAAGCCCAAUGGACUCAUUCUUCAAUAUGGGACUGCUGGAUUUCGAAUGAAAGCAGAACAUCUUGAUCAUGUCAUGUUUCGCAUGGGAUUGUUAGCUGUCCUGAGGUCAAAAUAUACAAAAUCUACAAUAGGAGUCAUGGUAACAGCAUCACACAAUCCUGAGGAAGACAAUGGUGUCAAAUUGGUUGAUCCUUUGGGUGAAAUGUUGGCACCUUCCUGGGAGGAACAUGCUACCUGUUUGGCAAAUGCUGAGGAAGAAGAUAUGCAGAGUGUGUUGAUGGACAUCAGCGAGAAAGCAGCGGUAGAUCUGCAACAAGAUGCCUUCGUAGUGAUUGGUAGAGAUACCAGGCCCAGCAGUCAGAAACUUUCACAGUCUGUAAUAGAUGGUGUCACUGUUUUGGGAGGUCAGUUCCAUGAUUAUGGCUUGUUAACAACACCCCAGCUGCACUACAUGGUAUACUGUCGAAAUACGAAUGGGCAAUAUGGAAAGGCAACCAUAGAAGGUUACUACCAGAAGCUCUCUAAGGCUUUUGUGGAACUUACCAAACAGGCUUUCUGCAGUGGAGAUGAAUAUCGAUCACUUAAGGUUGACUGUGCAAAUGGCAUAGGGGCCUUGAAGCUAAGAGAAAUGGAAUACUACUUCUCCCAGGAGCUGUCAGUUCAGCUGUAUAAUGAUGGGACCAAAGGGAAACUCAAUCAUUUAUGUGGGGCUGACUUUGUGAAAAGUCAUCAGAAACCUCCACAAGGAAUGGAAAUGAAGUCCAAUGAAAGAUGUUGUUCCUUUGAUGGAGAUGCAGACAGAAUUGUUUAUUAUUAUCAUGAUGCAGAUGGCCACUUUCAUCUCAUAGAUGGUGACAAGAUAGCAACUCUCAUUAGCAGUUUCCUUAAAGAGCUCCUAUUGGAGAUUGGGGAAAGUUUGAAUAUUGGUGUUGUACAAACUGCAUAUGCAAAUGGAAGUUCAACACGCUAUCUUAAAGAAGUUAUGAAGGUACCUGUCUAUUGUACUAAAACUGGUGUAAAACAUUUGCACCACAAGGCUCAAGAGUUUGAUAUUGGAGUUUAUUUCGAAGCAAAUGGUCAUGGCACAGUACUGUUUAGUAAAGCUGCUGAAAUGAAGAUAAGAGAACUAGCAAAAGAAUUAGAAGAUAAGAAAAGGAAAGCUGCUAAGAUGCUUGAAAACGUUAUUGACUUGUUUAACCAGGCAGCUGGUGAUGCUAUUUCUGACAUGCUGGUGAUUGAGGCAAUCUUGGCUCUGAAAGGCUUGACUGUACAACAGUGGGAUGCUCUCUAUACGGAUCUUCCAAACAGACAGCUCAAAGUUAAGGUUGCAGACAGGCAACUUAUUAGCACCACUGAUGCUGAAAGGCAAGCAGUUACACCCCCAGGACUACAGGAGGCAAUCAAUGACCUGGUGAAGAAGUACGAGCUUUCCCGAGCUUUUGUCCGGCCAUCUGGUACAGAAGACAUAGUCCGAGUAUAUGCAGAAGCAGACUCACAAGAAAGUGCGGAUAGCCUUGCAUAUGAAGUGAGCGUGGCAGUAUUUCAGCUGGCUGGAGGAGUUGGAGAAAGUCCCCAACCAGGUUUCUGAAGACAGUUUUUAUAUUUAUGAGAAACUGGAUUUUUAAAAAGUUUUUACAAAAUACUGCCAUUAUUGUGACAGUUCCAAACACAUUUAUAAUCAUAACGUUUACAGUGCACCUUACUGGAUUGUUUCUAGAUGAUUGCUUUUCUUAAACACUACCAGAAUAAUACUUUAGAGAUAGCUAAGCCUUAUACUUGUUAAAUUCAGUUUAAAAAUGAAACCUACUUCUAGUUUCACCAAUGUAAACUAUUGGAGCUUAUGUACAUGAUUCAGUCAUUAAUUUUUUAAUAUAUGCUGGGAAAAAAUCUUAUUACCAA